AGGAGAAGGAGGAGGAGGAGGAGGAGGCUAAGGCAAAAGAGGAAAGACACGGACCCGAAGCAACGGCGGGACGGGUAGCACCAUGAAUCCGUUGUAACGCGCGACUAGAGCGGUGUCGGGGAGGAAGGAGAGGAGUAAGCAGCGGAGUUCUUCGCCAUGAACCUGAGGGGCCUCUUCCAGGACUUUAACCCAAGUCAACCUGAUCACUUCUAGAAAUUAACCCAGAAGCAAGUAACCACGUUAUGUCAUAAGGAACUUUCGUUUAAGGAGGAGCUUUGAUUGGAACCUCGAUUCUACAGGCAAAAAAACCACACACAGAUGAAGUAGUUGGGGGUGAGAAGACUACUCUUCCCUGGAGGAGAAGAGGGAGAACAGGCACAAGGGCUUUUGCAUUUUGACCAAGGCUCAGUUUGCUUCCCAAAAGUAAAUUCCUCAUCUAUGCUUGCCUGCUGCUGUUUUCCGUGCUGCUGGCCCUUCGGCUGGAUGGCAUUAUUCAGUGGAGUUACUGGGCUGUCUUUGCUCCAAUAUGGCUGUGGAAACUAAUGGUCAUCGUUGGCGCCUCAGUUGGAACUGGAGUCUGGGCACGGAACCCCCAGUAUCGAGCAGAAGGAGAAACCUGUGUGGAGUUUAAAGCCAUGUUAAUUGCCGUGGGCAUCCACCUGCUCCUGUUGAUGUUUGAGGUUCUGGUCUGUGACAGGAUUGAGAGGGGAAGCCACUUUUGGCUUCUGGUCUUCAUGCCGCUGUUCUUUGUCUCCCCAGUAUCUGUUGCAGCCUGUGUGUGGGGAUUCCGACAUGACAGGUCACUUGAGGUUGUUUGUGUUCCUCUGUGGAUUUUGAUGUCCUUCUUGUGCCUGGUUGUGCUGUAUUACAUCGUUUGGUCCGUCUUGUUCUUACGCUCAAUGGAUGUGAUUGCCGAACAAAGGAGAACACACAUAACGAUGGCCAUCAGCUGGAUGACGAUUGUUGUUCCACUGCUUACAUUUGAGAUUCUGCUAGUUCACAAACUGGAUGGCCAUAAUGCAUUCUCAUGUGUGCCUAUAUUUGUUCCACUUUGGCUUUCCUUAAUAACUCUAAUGGCAACAACAUUUGGACAGAAAGGAGGCAAUCACUGGUGGUUCGGAAUUCGUAAAGAUUUCUGUCAGUUUCUGCUUGAAAUUUUCCCUUUUCUAAGAGAAUAUGGAAAUAUUUCAUAUGAUCUCCAUCAUGAAGACAGUGAGGAAACCGAAGAAACACCAGUCCCAGAACCUCCAAAAAUUGCUCCUAUGUUCCGAAAGAAGACUCGAGUAGUUAUUACACAGAGCCCUGGAAAAUAUGUCCUCCCACCUCCAAAAUUAAAUAUAGAUAUGCCAGAUUAAGUUGAAAUUCAGGAAUCGGAUGGACAGUAUAUGGCAUAAAAGAUAGACAAGACAAAUAUCUUCUCCAUUGCUUUGCCUACAUUCUAAACUGGAACUGGAAAUAAAGUCAAAUCUUUUCAUCUCAUGCUUUGAAUAAAUAUCACAGCCACUAGUGAACCCAUCAGUAUGUAAUAUAUAGAUAUUGACAGUUAUUUUAAUAUAUGUCUAUGUGUGAGAAAGCUUUCAAGAUUGACACUUAAAAAGUUUCUAUCAGCAAGUUAAAUUGAUUUCAUAAGAUUGACCAAUGGGGUACUUGCCUAACUUUUUUAAAUGCUACCAUGCCUUUCAAAAGUAGUACUAGUCUCAAUGGUAAAACAUAAUCUACAACCAGCGUAAAUAUUUCUCUAUUCCACUACUUGUUUCAAAGCAUCAUAUGCAUUAUUUUUAGUGUUGCUCCUGUUAAGAUUUUCUUUGGGCAUGCUCAUAGCCAUCUUUAAUGGUCUAACUGGUGAACCCUUCUAAUGGAGUGACUCCAUGCCUGUAUAGUAUUUAUAUGAACGUUUUAGCAAUGUGUAAUAUAUUCUGUUCAAAUUCUAGUUCUGUACAGUAUAAUUAUAUUCUGUUAAAGUAUUUUUAAAAGCCUAUAUAUGAAGAUAUAUGUUCUAUUAUGGAAGAAGUCCUUUCAAGUCUUUUAAAAAUAUUAAUGUGUGUCUGUUGGGUAUGGGAACUUAUUAAAGUAGUUGACUUGACCACAGAGACUGAAAAUCGUGUUGAUUUGAAAUUCUGGUUUUUGUAUAUUUAGGUCUAUACUAAUCAAUCAGUGAAGACAGUUUCAAAGCUUGAUAUAUCACAUUAUCAGUAAGCAGAUUUAGGUACCAAUUCCACUUGGAAAUGGGCAGUUUUAGCUUUCAUUUGCAUAUGGCAUUCCUGUCUUGUUGAUGCAAUACCAGACGGUACAGCUCUUUUAUUUAUCACUUUCAGUCACCACAUCUGCAGCAGGUCUGAUCUUAGAACACUGAAAAUUAGAAAUAAAUGGUAUGUCCAUUUCUAAAAGGCUUGGAAUCACAGUUAACCAAUACUAGAAAGCAUUCAUUCUCAUUGGAAUACUGAGAGUUGACUAAGGUGGGAGUUGGGCGCAGAAAACAUACAUCAGAAUUAUAUUUCUUUUAAGGUCUAAAAUGACUUAGUGGUGAUAAGUAAUGUUAUAUCAGUUCAGAUGCUUUUACGAAUGAAUUGAAAAGUAAUUUGUUAGUAUUAUCCCAAUGCUGAGAAGGUAAUAAGUCAGAUUCCUCCAGCAUAACCACCUUUUGAUUAAAAAAGAGAAGAACCCAUUGAUACCUUUCCUCAGGAUAGAUAUGAAGGUGUUUGAUUUGACUAUAUAGGCAACUUUUUUUAAUUGUCUGAAUUCUGUUUAAUGUAAAUUAUGUGAAUAACUAAAACCUUUGCACUGGCCUAGGGACAGAUAUGUUCUA